CAGUGCAAAGCUUUUCCUUGAAGGUUGAAUCGGCAUCAAGUGGACAAACUUCUAGUACUGCAGCUUCUGCUAAUGACAUUACGAUCACAGCAUUGACCGGACGAUAGAAGGAUUAAUGCAUUCAAGAACUUCCACAUUCUACACCUUGACACCAUUCCAGAGACUCAAAGAUGGCCAAACAUUAGUCUCUGGCAACCAGGGAUUUGAAGUUGGAUUCUUUGGCCCCCCUGACCAAACAAACAUCAGGUACUUGGGGAUUUGGUAUAAAGACAUAACACCCCUUACGGUGGUCUGGGUGGCCAACAGAACAAAGCCAGUAAAGAAUUUGGAUGCAACACUUAUGUUAGACUUCAAUGGAGGUCUUGCAAUUCAAGAUCGUACGCAUAACCUGGUGUUGCUCUCCAUGCCUUCAAAAAAUGCAUGCGAACCAGUACUGCAAAUCUUGAAUUCAGGUAAUCUUGUGGUUAGAGAUGAUUGUAAUGGAUAUUUAUGGGAAAGUUUUGAUUAUCCAAGUGAUACGUUGUUGCCUGGAAUGAAGAUUGGUUGGGACUAUAAAACUGGUCGAAAUCGGGUGAUGACAUCUUGGAAAAAUUUUGACGACCCAAAAUCUGGUGAUUUCUCGUUUGGAUUGGACACACCUAGAUUGCCCCAACUUGUUUUAGAAAGGAGUUCAGUCAGGGAAUCUAGGUGGGGUCCAUGGGAUGGGGCACGGUUCAGUGGUACUAAUGCCCUGUGGAUUAAUCCAGUUUUCCAGCCGGUGUUUUUGACAAAUUCUGAUGGUGUUCACUUCACAUAUAAUGCUCUAAACAAGUCAGUUCUUGUCAGGCUUGUGGUAACCCAAUUUGGUAAGGUCCAGUUCUUGACAUGGAAGAACUAUUCUGAAGAAUGGGUUCCAAUUGUUACCCUUAAUAAGGACAGUUGUGAUGCGUAUGGAUCCUGUGGACCUUAUGGAAUUUGCUAUAUUGGCGAACUAAAUUGUCAGUGCUUGAAAGGGUUCACGGUUAAUUUAUCUGGAGGUUGGAUGGAUUGGACUGCUGGAUGUAAGCGAAAUUUUGAGCUGGAAUGUGAUAGGGAUGGGUUUGUAGAGUUCAAGGGAUUGAAGUUGCCAGAUAAUGGAACUGUGUGGGAAAAUCUGGGGUACAGUGAAUGUGAGAAGAACUGCUUACAAGAAUGCAGUUGUAUGGCUUAUACCUAUUUAGAUGUUUAUGCAAAUGGUACCAGUACCUGUGUUGUCUGGUUGAAUGAACUGUUUGAUAUGCAGAGUUUUCCUCAUGGUGGCGAUGAUCUCAAUAUACGUAUGGCGCGACCUGAACUAGAGUCGAUUGCUUCCGCCGAGCUGGAAAAAGACCAGAAUCUGGUCAGCAUCAUAAUUUCAUCAGCUGCUGCCGGGAUGGCUUUGCUGGGUUUCCUUAUCGCACGGUGUGUGUUUACAGUGAGGCAAGGUCCAGAGAACUGUGAAUUAAAUUCAUCUGGACGUUCCAAUGGGAGCCAAGAGGAAAAUCAGGAAUUCAGACUAUAUAAUAUACGCGUCAUUUCUGCUGCAACUAACAACUUCUCUAAUGCUAAUAAGAUUGGACAAGGUGGUUUUGGUCCUGUCUAUAAGGGUGAGUUGCCCGCUGGAAAAGAGAUUGCAGUAAAGAGGCUAUCUAGGAAUUCGAGACAAGGACAUGAACAGUUUGAAAACGAAUCCAGUUUGAUCGCAAGACUUCAGCACCGGAACCUUGUUAAGUUGUUCGGAUGCUGUGUUCACGAGGAUGAAAGAAUGCUCAUCUAUGAGUACUUGCUUAAUAAAAGCCUGGACAAAUUCAUAUUUGACGAAUCAAGGAAACGACUGUUAUCUUGGGCUAAGCGCUUAGACAUUAUUCUCGGGGUAGCCAAGGGACUGGUUUAUCUCCACGAUGACUCGGGGUUGAGAAUAGUCCACCGCGAUCUCAAAGCAGGCAACAUCUUAUUGGAUGGUGAGAUGAAUCCCAAAAUAUCAGAUUUCGGUCUAGCAAAGAUUUUGGGAGAGGAAAACCAGCCGCAGGAAGAGACCAUGAGAGUACAUGGAACACAUGGUUACAUGUCUCCAGAGUAUACAAUGCACGGGCAAUUUUCAACAAAGUCCGAUGUGUUUAGCUUCGGUGUUUUGGUGUUGGAAAUAUUAAGUGGACAGAAAAAUUGGGGAUUUCAUCACCCUGACCACGAUUUGAACCUUCUGGGACAUGUGUGGAACCUGUGGAGGGAAGGAAAGGAAUUGGAAAUUCUGGAUUCAGCACUGGAAUUUGAAGACUCACUUUCUGAGACUCAGGUGCUGAGGUGUAUCAAUGUGGGACUCUUGUGCGCGCAGAAUGAUUCAGAGUUCAGGCCAGCAAUGUCAACAGUGAUUUGUAUGCUCCAGAACGAAAGCAUAGUUCUGCUUGAACCAAAGGAACCAGGUUUCUAUCCGGGAAGUGCUUCAGCUGGGAUUGGUCCGGUUAGUGUCAAUGAGCUAACUUGCACAACCUUAAGCGCGAGAUAGAUGAACAAGCCUCCUUGGUGGUUGUUUCCAGAAUCAGUUUUGCACAUCUAAAACUAACUUGUUUUUUCGUUCUUUUUUUUUCUUCCCCAAAACAAAAAAACUCGUCAUUUGAUAGCUUUUCCUCAGAUAGCUUUUGAGAAUCUGGAAAACACAUUGUCAAUGAUUUCUUUCCCUCAAAAAAUUGGUCUGUUCAAAAAAACAUAAUCCCGAGAAAUAAAAGUUUGUGAAUUACUUUGCAAAACCGAUUGUGCAAACAACCACCAAACAGGAAUACAACAACUACCAAACAGAAAUAUAACUCAUACAAACCAUACAGCUUUGAAGCAGUACGUAUAGAAAAGGAAAUACUAGUAUAUCAUUUCCAAACUAUAGAGGAAGGUAGACAUUCCUGGCAACCUAUACGACGUCCGGGAGUUGGUCCUCCAUAACUAUGAGCCUUCCCAUCUUUGAACCUUAUUACUUACUACAGAUACAUGGACAUGUUUGGGGUGAUAUUGUAAUAGAUAUUUGCAUGAAGGAUCUGUAAGGUUUAAUUUGGUACAUUGUUUUUCGGCUGUCA